ACGCAACAAUUUUUUAACAAUGAACAAUAACCCUUCAACCACUCUCAGGAAAAAGCUUUAAAAAUUCUAAAUUGUUGCACUCAGAGACAACCAAGCUCAAAAUGUCUAACCCUUCAACCACUCUACUUCUUUUGGCUCUACUCUGUGUUUCAGCAGUUGCAGCAACAAGAACAAAGUUGAACUCAAUCAACAAUCUGGAUGAUGGGAUUUGCAAGUCAAUGGUGGAGACACAAGGCUAUACUUGCCAAGAACACAAAGUAACAACAGCAGAUGGGUACAUCCUUGGCUUGCAGAGGAUUCCGAAUGGACGAUCUGGUAAUGAGACAGCAGACAAGCUGCCUGUUCUGUUACAACAUGGGGUCUUCCUGGAUGCUUCAUCAUGGCUACUCAAUCCACCGGAUCAGGCUUUGCCAUAUAUCUUGGCUGACAAUGGUUUUGAUGUAUGGCUUGUCAACAGUCGUGGGACAAGCUCUAGCCGCGGACACACAUCGCUUAGUCCUAAAGAUCCGGCUUACUGGGACUGGUCAUGGGAUGAAUUGGUUGCAUAUGAUCUUCCUGCUUCAUUCCAGUAUGUGAAAAAUAAAACAGGACAUAAAUUACAUUAUGUGGGGCAUUCCUUGGGAACUUUGACUGCCCUUGCCGCCUUCUCUGAAGAAAAGCUGUUAAACUUGCUAAGAUCAGCUGCUUUGCUUAGCCCUGUAGCUUAUCUGGGUCACAUUUCCUCACUGAUUUUAAGACCUGCUGUUGACAUAUUUGCUGCAGAAAAACUGAAAUUGUUGGGCUGGCUGGAAUUUCCAAAUGGGCAGAUCCAACAACUUGUGGAGUUUAUCUGCACAACACGGGGCAUUGACUGCUCAAACCUCCUGGCAGCUAUAGGAGGCCCAAAUUGCUGCCUCAAUUCUUCAAGCAUAGAUGCUUUAGUUGAACAUGAUCCACAGCCAACCGCGACGAAAAACCUUAUACAUCUGUCUCAGAUUGUCAGAAAGGGAACCGUAGAAAUGUAUGAUUAUGGUCUUGAAGACACUAACAUAAAACACUACAAGAAACCCACUCCUCCUGUGUACAACAUGGCAAACAUUCCGAAAGACGUUCCUCUUUUCUUCAGCUAUGGAGGGAGAGAUUCGAUUGCUGACAUUAACGAUGUGGGGAUUUUGCUUGACAAGCUCAGAGAUCAUGACAGGGACAAGCUUGUGGUACAAUACAGAGAGGAGUAUGCUCAUGUAGAUUUUAUUAUGAGUGUGAAUGCCAACCAAGUUGUGUAUGGUCCUCUACUGGCCUUCUUCAGGCUCCAUUGAGAGUUUAGUUACUUUUGCAGUCUAUAACACAUUUCCUUCUGUAGGGUUUUGUUCACCAUUAAUAAUGAGAUUUAUAACUA